GCCGGAAAAAACGGGGCUGCCCUAUCAUUCUCGGCUCCCGAUUCCGACUUGGACGGUGCCGUUACCACCUACACCCAGACUGGACUGUUCCGCCGUCACCCAGCAUAAGUUCUCCGGGCAAGAUGGAUUACCACGAAAGACAUGGCCAUGAUGUCGCCAGCUUCGAUGAUCUCCCUUCAACGCAUCGCAUGCCUACCGUCUCCGCUGCCGAUGCCUUGGAUGACCUGAACGAUGGAGACAACUCGCCUUUCAUCCCUACCAGCCUAGAUGCCCUCGAUGCCGCUUUGAAACCGAGUCUAGACACCGAAAAGGUCACUGGAGGAAUACAGAAGGGUCAAAUUACUGAGAUUUGGGGGCCUCCCGGCGUCGGAAAGACUGCUUUCGGCAUACAACUCUCAGCCAACUGCCUGAGUGAGGGCAAAGGUGUCGUUUGGGUAGAUGGAUUUCACCGAGUUCCAAUUGAGCGUCUGCGCUCUGUCCUUGGCUCCAGAGUGAAGAGGGACAAGGAAGGGGAACAGGAAGAUGCGACAGUCGAUGAGCGCCUCGAUGCUCUCACGCACUACACAUGCCUCGGUCUACCUCACUUGAUCGCUCUUCUAUGUCGACCUACGCCGAGCUGCAUACCGCAAAAAACAUCGCUUAUAGUGGUCGAUUCUUUAUCCGCGCUGGUAAAUCAUGCCUUUCCAAGGACACCAGAGCAAAAGAAGAUGGUGGAUAAUAAAGGAAACAAAGUUCCAUCUCUUUCCGCUCGGAGGUUGCAAGUGCUGCAGUACAUCAUCGGCGCACUUCAGAAACUUGCCGCCACGAGAGACAUAGCUAUCGUUGUUCUCACACAAUGCGCAACAAAGGUGAUGCAGGUAGAACGGGGAGCAACUCUUGUGCCGGCUAUAAACGCCAGCGUAUGGGAGCAGGGAGUUUCUACCAGACUUGUGCUGUACCGCAAUUUAGCGUUCAGUGACGCAAAAGUGCAAGGCUUGCGUCUUGUUGGAGCGCAGAAACUCAAUGGGAAGACUAGCGAAGCAUCUGUUGACACUAUCUGCGCCUUUGAUAUCGAAGAGAGCGGCUUGGUUACAGUCGAAUACGACUUCAGUGAACCGCUACCGAACCACUUGUCUACACCGAGCACGAAGCGAAAGUUGGGUGACACCACUUUGGAGAUAGCCGAUAGCGAUGAAGAGGAUUACGGUUGGCAGGAAGAGGACGACGAAGCCGUGCCGCCUCCGCCCUCGCAGUGGCAGGGAAGCGAGGACAUCCUUCUUGUCCCAGAGCCUGAAAGCGAUCAAGAGGAUGAGGAGCCAGAAGAGGAGAAAGAGGGAUCUGACAAAGCCGAAGAUGCAGGUGACGAAGACGCAGACGCCGCCUUCAACACCACGGCGGACGAAUCACAGCUCGCCAGUAAGGUCUUUGGUCGUGAUCGGGAGAUUCAGGAUUCUCAGGCCGACUGGUGAGUCCUAGCCACAGCUGAGCCGCAGAAUCCAACAGUCACGCAGAGAACGGAGUCGAGACUGCCGGUCACAC